GUCACGUGGGGGUGGCACUCCCGUUGACACUCGCUCGGAUGUCAGCUGUUGGACAUGAAACCUUGCCCAGAGAUGCUCGUUUGAUAGCUUUAUUACUAGCAUCUUCUCCUUCAAUAACGGAUGCCCAGCCGGGAGUUCUGACACAACUUCUUGAAUUUGCCCAUCGGUACACUGCCCAGGUACUUGGAGAUGCUUUGGUCUACGCAGACCACGCCGGAAGGCCGGGGUCUGUGCAGAUGGAUGAUGUUACUCUUGCUGUUCAGUCAAGAGUAGGCUGGGAGUUCGGUGGACGCGUUCCAAAGGAGCACAUUCUUUCACUUGCUGCCAAAACCAAUGCUGAGCCUCUUCCCCAAAUAUCAGAAACCUAUGGUGUCCGCCUUCCGCCCUCAAAGUACUGCCUUACGGCGGUAGAUUUCGAUCUUGUCCCGAAUAAGCCUCCUCCUCAAGAUUCCUCAGCAUACCAGGAGGAGGAAGAGGAAGAAGAAGAGGAGGAUUAUAAUAUGGAUGAGGACCCACGGCCUGACGGCCUGUUAGCCCUCGAAACUGGCGCUACUGGAGCCUCAUCCGAUACUCUUGGCCUGUCCACCGGUAUACGUAUGGAAGGUGAAGAAGAGAACGAAGAAGGUGCUGUUGUGGAGGAAGGUGGAAGUGAUGAUGACUCGGGCGAAGGUGGAGACGGGUUAUUCGAUGACGACGGAGAGGAUGACGAAGAGGAUAUGCAAAUGGUGGACAUUCAAACACUUAUCACCCCAGGCAUCGUACCUACUGCUGGAACCUCAUUUUCGGCGACAAACGGGGCACCGCAAGCGGG